AUGACGUCCGUGGUCCGGAGACAAGAACAAGAGGAUUCCGAUGAAUAUUCGGAUGCAUCGCAAGAUAUUGAGCACAAUAACUCGGCGCACGACGGUGCCCAGCCAGAGUCUGAUUACGACUCGCAGGGAAGUGAUUCGGAGCAGUCCGACCAGGAUCCAGACAGUAAGGAAACUGAGCGCCGAGUAGACGAUGACGAAGAUAGGAGUAACCCUCAGUAUAUACCUAAAAGGGGGACUUUUUACGAGCACGAUGACCGUACUGCAGCCAGCGGUGAAGAAUCGAGUAAUGCCACAUCAGAAGCUGCCUCAGAGAAGAAGGAGAGUGGGGAACCUGUAGCCGAACGACGUCGACCGCCUCGCAAGUCCGACAUUGUCAACAAGUGGUCGCACGACAAAUUCAAUGAGAACGAACAGGCCCCCAAGUCCCGUGAAGAGCUGGUGGCUAUCUACGGUUACGACAUUAGAAAUGAAGAUGCCCCUCCACACGCCAGGCGAAACAGACGAUAUGGCCGCGGUCCGAACAAGUACACUCGAACCUGGGAAGACGAGGAGGCCUACCGUCGGCAGAACGCCGCUCAACUUACUCCCCGUAAACCUCCUAAUCCAGAAGAUUUCCCCGAGUUAGAUGCAAGCAAGAGACAAGGUAAGCGUUCCCCACGCCCCCGCUCCAAGUCUCAGCCAUCAGUCGGUGACCCCGUGGAGAACGGCUCUCUGCGCAGAAACGCUUCCAUAAAAACUAAUAGGAAACCUAUACCCAAGUCUGGUACCGGACGUGUGGCUACCAAAGCUUCGCCCAAGAACAAGGAGAAGAUGCCGCCUUUGGAGAAGCUGACAAUCACUGCCAAUGUCAAUAACAAUCAAGGUCAGGCCCAGCGCAAGGUGAACGCGACAGUUGCCCAACAGAGACCGGUACCCACAGACCAGGCCAAGAAGAAACCAGUCAAUAAUGUUCAGCCUCAGCAACAACCGGCCCCUACGCGGAACAAGUCCCCUCCGCAACAGGCCCAACAGCCGACGCAACAAAAACCGCAACAGCAACAGAACCAGCAACAAGGACAGCAACCGGCUUCCGGUGGAGGUAGCAAACGAUACAGUAGCUUACGCCAAAGACCUCUUGCCGAGCCUUACACACCGCAACAACAGCAGCAAAAACAACAACAACAACAGCAGCAACAGCAGCCACCACAGCCGCAGCAACAGCAACAACAGCCGCAACAACAAAUACAACAACAGCAACCUCAACAGCAACAACACAGAUAUCAUGCUGCAGGAGGAGCUGAAUUUGUGAGUGGGACCGGUCAUCCGCCUGCAACAGUUCCACAUGGCCAUCCACAGCACAUGAUGCACCAGGUGCACGCCUCGCCUCCCCCGCAGCACGCGCACGCGGCUCCACCGCAGCAGCAUGCACAGCAGGUGAGGCUAGGCAUCUUGGAACAGCAGCAGCUGGCUUCAGUCCCACACCCUCACCACAAUAUACACAACUUACCACAAGCUCACACUAUCGGUCAGUUACAACCAACGCAAGCUUAUGCACCUCCAGCGAUGAUGCCCGCUCAGUACAUGCAACAGAGCGGUAGCGGCGCAGUGUUCGGUGGUGCGAUGUUCACCGCCGCGCCGCACGCGCCUCUCGCCACACACGCGCCUCUCGCGACACACGCGCCUCUCGCCACGCACGCGCCACACGCCACCCACGCGCCGCACGCCACGCACGCGCCGCACGCGCCACUCGCGCCUCACGCGCCACACGCGCCCCACGCGCCACACGCGCCCUACCAACAUCAAAUCUACCCUCACCACAACUACGCGACGCAGGCGGGCGGCGUGACGUACUACAACUGCGCGGAGCAGGAGCCGCCGCCGCCGCAGCCGCGCGCGCAGCGCCGCCCCACCGCCGCCAUCCCCAUCGUCAGCCCGCACCACACCGACAGGCCAGCGAACUCUACAGAAAAGGAUAAUAUUGAUAGGAUCGUGGAGAACAUGUUCGUUCGGAAACCCUGGCCGGCAACACAUGGAGCCGAUGCAAAAGAUAAACAACCGGACAAUCGUAGUUCACAAGAACCACAGAGCAAAGAAUCAUCACAACCGAACAGUCUCACCUCUAGUUCCAUCUCCACCGAUUCCAAACCUUCAGAAAGCAGAGAAGAGAAAACCGAAGAAGUCAAAGAAGAGGAGAAGAAGGAACCAGAGUCGGAAGAGAAGAUUGUUCAAGAGAGUAUAGCAACGGAUGCCUGA